CCGUCCGACGCUCAGUCACAUGCGGCGCCUGUUUAGUUUCACUUCCGCGUUUGAACAGAAACCAUCGAAUCCUUUAAUUAAUGCGAUCCGUUUAACGCGAACAUACUCAGAAUUUUAUUUUUUCAACGUCUCAAAGUCGACACCCUGCAGAUCUGUUGACGAGAUGUUGUUUAGCGUUGUUUAAGGACGCUGGUGUGACAGUUUGACAGGCAGAAACUGACAUCCCAAGACUCCGCGGGCACAACUAGGCAACUAGUUUACACGCAUUCACUUUUAUUUAUUUACGGUGAACGCAGUUGUACGGUUUCUGAGCACUUUGAAAGGUGUCAUGUGGCUGUCAAUGAGAAUAAUCACCCCCCUGUUCCUACUACUCGGAGGAGUGCGAGGGAAAGACAACAUAGAGAAGUGCAAGCUGGUUUCAGAAAGUGAAUCAGCGAAAAAAGCGCUCCGUCUACUAGAGCCUCUCACCCAAGAAAACUUUACCGUGGCUGUUGAAGAUGAAAAAGAAAAAUAUUCCUACACUUUCCGGGUGUGUGGUGAUGUGGAUGGACUGACAAACGCAGGCCUUGUGCAGUUGAAAGACAGUGGAACGAAGGUUCGAAUUGGAAACUACAAUCAAACACGAGUUAUUGGAGGAAGUGACUGGAUUCUGCUUAUCUAUGAAGGAGGAGAGAAAUAUGAGAGUCAUUGCUCUAAAGAGGCCAGAAAAGCCAUGAUUAUGAUUUCCUGCAACAAAGAUACUAAGGGUAAAUUCUCAGUGGUAUUGGAAGACAGGGAAAAGCAAGAGGACUGUUAUUACUUAUUUGAGCUGGACACCAGUGCAGUGUGUCCUGUAAUCCCAUCCAAACUCAGCGCUGGAUCCAUAUUCCUCAUUGUUGUAUUCUGCUGCCUGUCUGUAUAUAUUCUUGGUGGAUUCCUCUAUCAGCGACUGGUGGUUGGAGCCAAGGGAGUGGACCAGUUCCCCAACUAUGCCUUUUGGUCAGAGUUCGGCAACUUGUCUGCUGAUGGAUGUGAUUUUGUUUGUCGUUCUCGUGGUAACAGAGAAGAACCACCUACGUAUAGAGGUGUGGCGACUGAACCUAUUGAAGAGGAGCCGGAGGAAAGGGAUGACCAUUUACUCCCCAUGUGACCAAAUUGUAACAACCAAUGAAAAAUAGCUGGACAGUUAUUAAGUCGUGAAACCCAAAGAGGGAUGUUCAUUUCAGGCGUGUUCGUUUGUGCUUCUGUUUGUUUUCGCUUUUUUUCUUUUUUUUAACCUUCCAUUAGCACUUAUUCUGUAUUUAUCCCUCAAAUUGCUGAUUGUCUAAAGUUGGAAAUUAGUUUUCAAAAGUCCAAAGACCAGAUAUAUUUGAUGUUUAUAACAGAAUAUCAUCACCACGCAACACGGGCCCUGUUUUCAUUACAAGCAAGUACUUUUUUUUAGUUUAAUUAAAGCCCUUAAGUCCAGUUUUACAUAUGAACAUGAGUUUGACAAAACUGAAAAUAAGUUUUUAAGCUUUUGCUCCACCAGCCACUAGAAAAAAACUGAGAUAUUUGAAAACUUGUUGCUUUGAUUUCUAGGUGUUUAGAAAAGUAAUUGAAAUUUGGUGAAAAAUUAUUGAACGCUAUACAUUCACAUAUGUUUUACUCCGCACAUUUUUGCUUUACCAUUCCAAAAUUCCUGAUUGUUGUUUGUUGUGAAAUUUUGUGUUUUGUGAAGAUACAGUGCGGUCCUCACCAGAGCACAAAACACAAAACACACCUUUCAUUCUUUCAGUCUGUUACGCCCUUAUUUUGAAAUAUUAUCAGUUAAGUGGUAUAAAACAUUUAACUAAAAUAGCAGCUUUACAGAUUAUUAAAACGUAUGUCCUGACCAGAGAGAAUCUAUUAUGGCACACACUGUUAUUUGACAACAGUUAAGAGUUUGCAGUGAAACUAAAUGUGACUGUACUUUACAUUAUAAAUGUUAUGUUAAUAUGAUUUUUUUGCUGGUGUCAGCUUUUAUACAGUAUAUUUACACUGUAAAUCCUUACUGGAAACCACAGGACAAAAUUUCAAACUGAUAGAGCCGCAGUAUAUUUUUCUGUUAAAGCUUCAUCAUUUUUUGUGUGUUUUACUGCACUGAAUCUUGGAGCUUGAUUGUGAUUUUAGUGAAGUUACUUAUACACUACACUCUUAAACAAAGGUGUUUCAUGAUGCCAUAUAGAAGAACCUACAUUUUCCAGAAUUGUUCUGUUUUAAGUUACAUUAGACUAUAAAAAAGUAAGAACCUGAGUGAAUGAUUCUUCUAUGGCAUCGCUGUGAAGAACCAUUUGUAGCACCUUCCUUUUAAGCAUGUAUACUGUGAGACUUCAUUGUUUAUACCUAAACAGCCCUGAUUUUAAGGCAUAGAUUAUAGCCUUAUUUAAGAAAUCAGAAGGAUCAGAGCUGAAACGGUUAUACAUCUAAGCCAUACAGGAUGCUGUAUUUUUGUGUAUCAUUGGAGAGUUGGUCUACUGUAAUGCAAGCACUUCUCAGAGUGGCAAUGUUCUGGAAUUAUGACACCCUGAUGACUCCAAACUACUUCAUUUUAUGAGAGACAGGCCUGUGCAGAAGAAUGACUUUCCUGUUUUUACUGCUUGUUCUUUUAAACUUAAGUGUAAAAAUAACACUGUAAGUACAUAUAAAUAAAGUUUGGUUACUAAUAC